AUGCAGCUGGAUAGGUUCAUUCCCAAUCGCUCUGCAAUGGAUUUUGACUAUGCACAUUACAUGCUCAGUGGUGGCAAGGUUACAAAGGAACACGUUGGAAUAAAUUCUUCAUCUAAAGAAGCUUACUUGAAGCUGUUAGCACAGGUUUUCAACAUGAACAGAACGAGGAUCCUUACUUUUAAGAAUAAACCUCCACCUUCGGUUGAGAGAGUUUCUGAAUCUCCAUCACAUAUUCAACAAUCAAAAAUAGUUAAAAAGCAGAGAUACUUUCCCCAAUCUGCGGAGAGGACCCUAGAUGCUCCUGACAUCCUAGAGGAUUUUUAUCAUAAUUUGUUAGACUGGGGGAGCAAUAAUGUUAUUGCUAUUGGGUUAGGGAAUUUUGUAUAUCUGUGGGAUACUUCUAAUGGGUCGACUACUGAGCUUCUCACGGUUGGUGAUGAUUUUAGGAUGGUGACUAGUGUCAGCUGGUCACCAGAUGGAAGACACCUUGCAGUUGCCUUUGAAUAA